AUGGAGACGCCUUUGUUCCCGCCCAUCAUCCACGCUCCCGGCCCAUUAUUGGCCCGUGUCAUCGCCCCGCCCCUUGCCUGUGGUCCAGCCCAGGCUCCGCCCCGCGUCGCUGUGGCUUUUCUCGCAGCGCGGCUGCGCACUUUAGGACUGUUGACGUUCAGGGACGUGGCUGUGGAAUUCUCUCAGGAGGAGUGGGACUGUCUGGACCCUGCUCAGAGGGCUUUGUACUGGGAUGUGAUGUUGGAGAAUUAUGGCAACCUGGUCUCCCUCGGAAUCCCUCCUUCUGGGACAAAUAUUGUCUCCAUUUUGAAGAAAGAGACAGAGUUCUGGGCAGUAGAGAAGACCACCGAACUAGCAGAACACCCAGAGCUGCUAGAGCAGACGCCCAGCAUGCAGAAAAGUCACAGCAGAGAGAAGCCUUACAAAUGUAAUGAAUGUGGUAAAACCUUUAACUGGAGCUCAAACCUCACUAAACAUCAGAGAAUCCAUACUGGAGAGAAACCAUACAAAUGUAGUAUGUGUGGCAAGGUCUUUACUCAGCGUUCAAGCCUUAAAAGUCACUACACAAUUCACAGUAGAGAGAAACCCUACCAAUGUAUUGAAUGUGGUAAGGCUUUCUCUGGACGGUCAACACUUGUGGAACAUCAGCGAACUCAUAGUGGCGAGAAACCCUAUGAAUGUAAUGAAUGUGGUAAGGCUUUUACACGAAAAUCAGGGCUCGUGGAGCAUCAGCGAAUUCACAGCAGAGAGAAGCCUUACAAGUGCAGUGAAUGUGGUAAGACUUUCAGCAGUCGAUCAGUCUUCCGGAAACAUAAGAUCAUCCAUACUGGAGAGAGUCCUUACAAAUGCAUCGAAUGUGGUAAGGCUUUUUCCGAAAGAUUAAAACUUGUGGAACAUCAGCGAAUUCACAGUGGAGAGAAACCUUACAAAUGUAGUGAAUGUGGUAAGGCAUUUACUCGGAAAUCAGGUCUUUUGGAGCAUCAACAGAUUCACAGUGGAGAGAAACCCUACAAAUGUACAGAAUGUGGUAAGGCUUUUGCCCGAAAAUCAGGUCUUUUGAAACAUCAGCGAAUUCAUACUGGAGAGAAACCUCACAAAAGUAUCCAGGAAGACUGGCGAGCCCCCGGCGUCGCUGACGUCACAGAGCUGAAGACGUUACGCAGCCAUUCCCUCCGCAGCCUGCGGCGCGGGGAGGCGGACGCCGCGCGCAUGCGCAGUUGCUUCCAGACGCGGAAGCUUAGGGACGGAGAGAAUGUCCCAGCGGAUCUCCGCGCGGCGGUGAGACGUUGCGGCCCUCGGGCUGCGCCGCCGGUUGUGCGUCCGCGGCGGUUUCUGUGUGAAAUUGCGCUAUGGUGGGUACCCGUCCCGGCCUGGCUGCUCUCGGGCCGUGGGGACGCUGCCGGCCGCGUUUUUCCUGCUGAAAACCCGGGUCUGGCCUCACCUCCCGCCCUGCGCCGGGUCACGUCCUCACCCGGAGACGGUUCGCCGGGGUCGAGCCCACCCCACACGGCCGACUCGGCGCUCAAGGGCUGCGCCAGCCCCGCAUCCGCUCCCCGCAACCCCACUCCGGGGCCCUGCUUCCUCCUUACCCCCGUGUGCGAGGGGAUCAGGCCCGCCCUGUGGUACCCCGUCAUCUUUGCCCCCAAGCCCACCCUCUUUCCAAGCAGGAGGCGCCUCCUAUCCAUCCGUGUGCCUGUGUGGUCGAUGGGUUCGGGGAAGAGAGCCGCCGAGAGAAGGAAACACUACCGAGGGAGGGCCACAGACAGAUGGCCAAACAGGCUCGGGGGAGCCGCAGAGGAGAGGCGCUUCCCGGUGCGGAAGGGGGCGCGAUGA